CUAGGCCACGCCCCCCACCGUACCGCCCUCCGCCCCCCAGCCCCGCUGGGAGUGUCCGGGGGCCGCGCCCAGCUGGGUCGGGACGCGCGCCCCGAGCUGCCCGCGCUCCGCGGGGACUCGGGCCGGGAUCCUCGGGAGGCUGCAGCGGCCGGGGCCGGGAGCGGGCCAUGAUGGGCCGGCGGCGCGCCUUCGCCGUGGACGGCCGGGAUGGGACUGGCGAGGGCCUGGCACGGGGCUGCAUAGUGCCUGGAGUCACCAGCACCUACAGACGGAUCCCGGACGCUGCCCACGGGUGCUCAUCCUGGGAGAGAGGUGACAAGCUCAGAGGUGUCAGCCGGGAGGCGCUGUUUCUCAAGCUGGCUUCCCGGGACUCAGGAGUGGAGAUGGCAGUUGGGGACAGCCCCCUGGCCGCCUUACCGGGCCUUCCUCAGGACUCCCUGGACUUUGAAUCCUCAGGGAGCCCCGAGCCCCCAGCCCAUGUAGACCAGCUCCUGGCCAGCCAGAAGCUGGGGCAGGUGCUGGAGCGUUCCCACCGGCUCCCAACAGCUCCCACUAGCUUGUCAGGACAACACCGCUGCCUGCGGCCGCCCAGCAAGUGCAAGCGUGAAGUGCCCCUUUUUGGAGCAGGGGAACAGGAAUCCAUGGAGGCAGACACAGACCUAGAGGCAGGCCUGGAAGAAGAGGCGGUGGGGGGCCUGGGGCCUGGAGCCUGGGCCUGCCUUCCUGGGCAGGGUCUUCGCUAUCUGGAACACCUGUGCCUAGUGCUGGAGCAGAUGGCAAGGCUCCAGCAGCUCUACCUGCAGCUGCGGAUCCAGAGGCCCCCAGGAGAUCCCGGUGAGGAGUUGGCCCGAGCCCCUUUACCGUCCCCCUUACACACCCCAGGUAAUGGAGGGCAGCGGCCAUGGGAGGUGCUAAGCCAGACAGAGCAGACAGGUGAGGGGCCAUCGUGUCUCCCUUUGUCCUGCAUGCCUGGGGUCCCACUAGCAGGUCCUCUGAGUCGAAGCUUGAUGGGGUGUCUUCUGGCCCUGGCCAACCUGAUUCUUUUUCUGAAGGGGCAAAGGCUGCUUCACCCCCAAAGGUGGAGGUGCCCAGUGCCAACCCUCCCAGGCUGCCAGAAACCCCAGUGGAGCCAGCGUACCACUUGCCAUCCUCCCAGGGACACAAGGCGACUCAUCCUGGCUGUGGUGACAGCUGUCUCUGGGAGCUUGGUCGGGGGUCUGAGUGUGGGGAGGGCUCUUGGUGACCCCUCCUCCUCUGCUCAGCGGGAUUUCUCCCACUGGGACAAGGUCAAGGUCCUGCUCAACCGGAUCUGCCGGAGAAGCCACCACCACCCUGAGCCCCCUACCCCUCCUGAUGGCUCUGACCCCAGGAUCGAGUCCAGGGACCUCCCUGAAAGGCCUCAGUGCCGCCCCCACCGGAAAACCUUUAUGCCGUCAUUAGUGGUUAAGAAACAACGAGCGCAAAACCUUUCUGUAGGCUGAGACCUCUCGGUGCACCUGGUGACCCUGGGUGGAGGGGACUUGCUGUGAAGUCUUCCUCGCCCUUUGCCCCGUUGCUGCUUCUCCACAUUGCCAGGAAAAGCUGCUGACGCCUGCCCUCCUCUCUUGAGUGGAGGGUGAAUCUUUCUCCUCUAAGCAGUCUGGUCAGGAGCCCUGGUUUCUUGAGAGGCCCCCAAGAUGCGGCAGCUCCCGGGCUGCUCCUCCUCACCAGAAAUCCCUGGGCUUCCACAAUGAGACCUCAUUCAUUAUCAGGUGUCCGUGGAGUGUUUCUGGCACGGUGACCUGUCUGGGCCCAGCAUGUUGCAGAUGUGUAUUUAUGCACAAUGGUAUGCAUAUCUCUGUGUGACUGUCAGUGUUGCAAGCUGGCUGGAUCCAACCAUCUCUUCUGAAAGAAUGCAUCCAAAGGGUUGAUAUUCUGGGGGAGGUCACUGCAGAAGGAUGGAACUGACCUUUAUUCCUCAGUGGGCAGUUACUGAGCUUUCUGCCUCAGAGCCGUGCUGGCAGCCCUGGGACAGAGAACGGUGUGGCUUUGACUGCCUCUGCAUGGAGUCUUGCCCCGGACUCCUGAAGACUGCAUCAGAAAUGAGGAAGAUCAGGGAUAACCUGGGAACAGAAGAAUAACUUUCAAAGCCAGUGCUCAGCUUCUCCCCCUAGCAUUUACAGGCCCUAACUCAAACCAGAUGCCUGUACUAGUUUUUAGACCCUAAAUCAACCUUUCUGAGCCACAGUUUCCAGCUGGGAAUAAUGAUGCCUGCCCUACCUACCUCACAGACUUGUUAUGAGGAUAAAGUGAGAUUAAACUGCCUCAAAGUG